AUGAAGUUAUUUAACUUGUAUAUUUUUGACUCUCGUGGAAAUAACAUAUUUUACAAGGAAUGGAUAUCGUUGAAGACAUCAAACACAAGGGAGAAUGACGCAAAACUAAUUAGGGGAAUGCUUGUUGGACUCAAGGCCGUCUGUUCUAAGCUUUCUCCAACUGAGAACAAUAUACAUACUCUUUCUUACAAAACUAGUCAUUAUCGUCUUCAUUAUUUUGAAGGACCCACAGGAAUAAAAAUUAUUUUAAAUACUGAUCCCAUGGUAAUGCCUCUUGUAAAAGAAUUGGAGAAUGUAUACAAGCUAUACGUCGAAUUCGUCGUAAAAUCACCUGGAUUUGAUUCUUCUGUGCCCCCUCUCUACUGGCGUGUAAGAAUCAUCAUUAAAAAAUGA